AUCUCAAUAUGCCUUGAUAUCAAACAGAUAAUGCUAAUUUUAUGUGCAUUACAGAAACAUUUAUUCAUUCUGAAUGUCAUGUAGUCUAUAGUUUUAAAAAUCCGUUACGUCUCCGUUGCUUUCGUAAUUCAUGGUUAGCAGUAGGAAUUUCUUAGCAUAAUAAAUAUAAAUAGGUUACGUCGAACAUAACGUGUAUGACGUUUCCAAAGUGCAGGAAGUAUCUGCAAUAUAAAGAAGUACUAAUUGUUGUUUAUACAGUGUAUGAAAAACUUUUGUUGGACAAAACAUAUACGUAUAUAAUUUUGAAUAAAAAUAAAAGAAUAUAAACGAAACUAUGUCUAAAACAAGUCUUAUAAAAGCAAUUGUUGAGAACAUUGUUAAAAGUAAUAAGUAUGGGCAGUGUUUAAAAAAGCUUGAAAUCAUUUCAGCAGGAAAUGGAAAAUGUAAAGCAGAAUUGGUUGUCUCCGAAGAACACUUGAACCAUGGUGGUACUAUGCAUGGUGGUUUUACCAGUACUCUUGUUGACUGUGUGUCCACGUACGCUGUAAUGACUGAAGGGACAGGUGCACCAGGUGUUUCAGUUGAUUUACAUGUCACGUUCAUGAAACCAGCACUUCCUGGUGAGAAAAUAACAAUUGACGCAACCACUGUACGAGCUGGCAAGACAUUAGCUUUUCUUGCAGUAGAUAUUACAAAAAAUGAUGGGAAAGAUAUAGUUGCUCAAGGGAGACAAACAAAAUUCUUUAUACAAGGAAAGUAAUGUAUAUAUUGUUUUGUAUAGCAAAUUUUAGGUAACAAAGGAAUUAAACAUUUGAUAAUUUAACAUUGUCAAAUGGCUGUGAAGUACUUAUGUUGUUAUUGAUAUGAAUACAGUUUUUCAUUGAA